UGCAUACUGGUCUCCACGCCAGAGAAGGAGGCCUGCUCUUAACAGAAAUACAGUACAUCUAUAAUAGAAGUACAGUAGUACAACUACAACAGAACUACAGUAUUAGUGGCAUAACUACAACAGAACUACAGUAUUAGUGACAUAACUACAACAGGAGUACAUUAUUAGCUGUAGAACUAUAGCGUAGAGGGAAACAAACUCUCUGGUAAAAGACUUUCUGAUUUUUUUUUUAAAGGAGAGACAGCCAGAGAAGGAAGGAAAAAAGAGAGAGCUAGGUCGGUCUCUCUCGUACACUUUGACCAGGUAAAAAGUGAAGCCAGGUUGCCAAGUUGUGAAGAGGUAUCCCCGCUGCCAGUGUAGCAUCUUCCCUGGCUGACAGGAUUCUAGCCAACCAACAUGGCAACCUUGAAGGAGAAGAGAACGUGUGGCCAGAAGUGUGAGGACUUUGGUCGCUUUGUGUGGAACUCUGACACAGGAACUCUGUUUGGGAGAACCCCAGAAAAAUGGGUGUACAUCAGCCUGUACUAUGUGGCCUUCUACGUGAUAAUGACAGGGCUGUUCUCUCUGGCCAUCUGGACUCUGAUGUACACCCUGGACCCGUAUACCCCAGACUACCAGGACCGCUUAAAGUCACCCGGAGUAAUGGUCUAUCCGCCAACGUACGUUGAGGAGGAUGUUGUUCUUAGCUACAACACGUCCGAUAAAGCCAGCCAGAACAAGAUGUCCAACUACCUCACUGCCUUCCUCAAAGGCUACAACGACACUGUGCAACUGUCGAACAUAAACUGCACCCGGGGAAAGUACUUCAUCCAGGACAGCUUCGAUGCGCCGCGCCACACCAAGUACUCCUGUCGCUUCGACCAGAGCAUGCUGGGAAACUGCUCCGGCCUGGAUGACCCCACAUUCGGCUACAAUGGCACGAUGCCCUGCGUCAUCAUCAAGAUGAACAGGAUCAUCAGGUUCCUGCCUAACAACGGCACUGGUGUUGCGCCACAUUUGAACUGCACAAUACUGAGUGGCCACAGAAAUGUAGACGCGAUCGAGUACUUCCCAACCAACGCAACCUUCGAUCUGUGCUACUACCCUUACUACGGCAGGCUGGCUCAGCCUAGCUACGUUAACCCACUGGUGGCCGUGAAGUUCCACCUGGUGAACGACAGAGAGGCUAAGAUCCAGUGUCGCGUGGUGGCCCACAACAUCGCCUAUCAGGACUCCUACGAACCAUACCAAGGGAAGGUCGUCUUCCAGCUCAAGGCUCUGAAAUAACAUGUUCCUAUUAGGGGACUUCUCAUUUACCCCAUUUCAAACACGUCCUCGAAGUGUGUUACAGAACCAAUGACGGAUAAACGAAAGUCAUUUUGAGGACUAGUAUGUGUAGUAUCUGGACCAAUGUCUUAUAUGAAAUAUAUUUUACACAUUAAUUUUGUACAUUUCCAUCCCUUGUUUUACCUAAAUGCAUCCGGAUUAUAUUAUGGGGUCAUUAAAUACUAUUUUACUGAAGAAAAUCAUAACCUAUUUUAAUCAAACAUGUAUAUGAAACCCCCCCAAAAAAUCACAAGGGUUUCCUAGAUAAAGUUUACAUUAAACUAUAAGUAAAAACUGACCAUGGACAUUUUUCAUUACAUUAACACUAAAGAUUUCAAUCGGAAUAAUCAAAUAAAGCUAGUAGCUCUCAUAUGCACACAGGUUACGCAUAUUUUACGAGCAUAAUUAAUAUGAGAUCUUUGUGUGUUUAGAAUGAAUAUCUUGAGUAAAAAGGAUUUUACAGCAGUUGCAGACUUUGUGGUAAAAUGCAAUUUCUGGAGCCGAACAGGUGACUCGUAUUCACAGUUUUGUCAUAAUGGCUUCUGUGACAGCAUGGGACAUGCCAGUGCUUUCCACAUUUUACACUUAUGUUUUUGGGGAAAACUCCUAUACAAGACCCUGGAAGCCUAGUAUUUUUAGCUUGGGCAGCACCAUUCAGGAAAACGGUAGUAUUGGUUGGGGAGGAUCACAUGAUUACAUCCAUUAAGGCUUAGCCAAUCAAAAUGUAAAUUCCCAACUACAGGUUGGAGUAAGAAUUGUCACAUCUAUUCCUAUAUGCAUUUUCCACCAUUCAAGAGUACUCAAGCUGGAAUUAAAAUACAACAAAGAAAAAAACAUAAGUAGCAGUUAAUUACCACUCCAGUUUGAGUAGAGCAAAACACUUCCAAACGGGUGGGCAUCAAUAUGGACUAGUGUUCACUCAUCUGACCAUAUGAAACCACAUUAGCUAUUAAACAGAAA